AUGCUUCAGCUGCGGAAUCGCACGAACGGUGGAGCGGGCAUUCCUGUGAAGGAGAUUGCGCCCUGCGCCGGUGAGGCACCAAAGCCGUUGUUCCUGGAGCUCGGCGAGCCACCUGUCACUUUCGAGUCUCGCUGCGUUGGCCUCUGCUUUCUGCACUAA